UAAUAUCUUGUUCCUAAUUCCUCAUAUUCGAUUCUUUAUUCCUCAUUCCGUUCAUUGAAAUAACAUCAUGGGUCUCUCAGGCCUACGUCACGAAAAAAAUUGUAAAAAUCGUGGUUUUCUUUUUGCAUUUUUAUGAUCUUUUAUGAAUUGCUGAGUUUAUUACCAAUUUUUAUUUACUUUGUAGACUGGUUGCCGUCAGGAAACCAGUUAUCUCAUUGGAUCAGACUGGAUCAAAUUAAUAGCAGUGGUCACGUGGACUCAACUUUUCCUGUUUGAGAAAUAGGAGAAUGGAAGUAUAUCUAGUAUUUUUAGCAUAAAACAUGGAAGAGAUGAUAAGCGAAGGAUAACGCGUGUAGGUCUAUCAGGGUUAAAGCGCAUCGCUUCGAUUCGAAGUCGGGUAGAAGCGAGCUAACAACAAUCGUCGUGCUGCGCGCGACGUGCUCGCGGACACGUAUAUUUAUUUAUAUCACGUGGACCACGCUGAUGAAUAUAGGAAGGUAACCCACGCGUAAUCAUCUAUUAAUAAUCGGAGACACUUCCGACGUUCUAGUUCAGAUAUCUCGCGAGUUCUCGGAGAGAGCGAGCGGUCACGACGCGAACUUCCGAAGCCCUUGGAAACCGUCCGUGGAGUUUCCUCUUAUCAGCGUCUUUUACUCUCUCAUUCUUUUCUCUCUCUCUCGAUGCGAAACAAAGACGCGCGAAUGAAAGCACCGGCUUCCAGCCGGCGAAAAAAUGCUAGCGCGAAAACAUCGUAUACUUUAGGGCAAUAAUAAAUCAAUUUAUCUCUGCGAGCGCGCAUUCCAGCGAUUUUUGUCCAGCGAAAAGAAGCACCGGCAACUCAAUGUUAUCGGAUUAAGUGACACGAGCGCGACACUAAAGCGCAUUAUCCGCACGAUCCGCUUAAUUCCGUAAUAACCAUAAACUCGUAUCAGCAACAACGAUACGAUUCUCGUAAUUGGCUCGAAGAACAAGAAUGCACGCGCGCGCGCACACACAUAUAAACAUCGCGGUGUUCGCCAAUGAAAAGAUCGACAACUCGUUAUCUCGCGGUGUUAAUAGGGUUCGUUCAUGGCGAUUUACCGCCAGUUCCUCCUCCGUGUCUCGUCAAGUGUGUCCCGCGUAGGUGCUAUCGAUACUACCGUCGCAUCCUCGGACAAAGCGAUUCCGAUUGUCGUGCGAUUUUACGGUACUUCCCCGUGCGCGGUGCUUCUCGCAAUUACUCCCCGGUUUUCUCGUGGAUACCGAUUGCGCAGCGUGCGCGGGCUCUUCGCAGAAGCAGAGGCUUGUCGGAAAAUAGUCGAUGGCUUGAAACAGUUCCCGGCCGAACGCGGAAGAGACCGGUAAUCGCGGUUUUCGCGAGGCGCAUUGUGAGAAGCUCGCGAUAUUAAAGAAGAAGCGCGUUCUCCCGGACGAGGGAUCAUCGUGCGAGCCGGGGGGCCGCAACCGACGUGCGAAUUGACCGUUAAUGGUUACGCACACAGUGGGGACCACGGGGUGUUAAUUGCCGAAGUCAAUUGCGCCCGACUGUUCGGAAUAGACGCACACGCGUGGCGAAAUCUCCUCCCGCCGGUGUGUGACGCUCGGCGAUGCGAAGUUAACUAAUUUCCCGAUUCGAGAUAAAAAUAUACGCGCUCGUGUGUGGAUUACACAUGCGAAUGACAAAAUAGAAGCCCUGUCGUCCGCGUAAUUCUUCCCCGAGUUGCGCAAGUACGAUGGCCGAUGCUGACGGAACGGGGUCGCCGUUAUCGGGCGCGGAGAAUCAGGGGAGGAUCAAAGAGAGCAGCACGUAUUAUCCGCAGGAGCCCGGCAAGAGGCCGAAAACGGCGAGGCAGAAGGUGAAGUCCUGCCUGAGACACAACGCGCUCACGAUACUCACUGUCUGCGGCGUGGUCGGCGGCGUGGUACUCGGCAUUAUCCUGCGGAACUCGCGGGAGGAGAAAUGGACGCCGCGGGAGAUCAUGUAUAUCAAUUAUCUCGGCGACCUGUUCCUGAGGAUGCUCAAGAGCUUGAUCCUACCGUUGAUCAUUUCGAGCUUGGUGUCGGCGAUUGGCUCGCUCGACCUGUCGCUCAGCGGCAAGAUCGGCGCGCGCGCAAUCGGCUAUUACAUGGUUACGACCAUCUGCGCGGUCAUACUAGGUAUAAUUCUCGUGGUUUCCAUUCAACCCGGAGUCGGCAGCUCCGCCAGGGAAAGCACAAGACCGGCGCAGAAUGUCUCCACAGUCGACACCCUGAUGGACUUGGUGAGAAAUAUGUUUCCGCCGAAUCUUGUCCUUGCCUGCAUCUCCCAGCACCGCACCGAGCCCAAGCCACCGGAGAACGAAUCACUUCCUAUGGAGGAAUGGGAGCUGGUGCAGAAAGAGGUGUCCGGCACCAACAUCCUCGGACUCGUGGUGUUCGCGACGGUGUUGGGCAUCACCCUCGGUAAGAUGGGUCCGCAGGCCAAGCCGCUGCUGGGCUUUUUCGAGUCGCUGUCCGGCGCGAUGAUGUUGAUCACCAACUGGGUCAUAUGGUUGUCGCCGAUCGGUGUCCUCUUCCUGGUCGCCUCCAAGAUCACGGAGAUGAAGUCGCUGGAAGAAGUAGUCUCUCAGCUCGGCAUGUACUUCCUCACCGUGUUGAUCGCCCUGAGCAUACACGGGCUGCUGGUGCUGCCGGGGAUGUACUUCCUUCUCACGAAGAAGAACCCCUACCGCUACAUAUCCAACAUGGCCGAGGCGCUCGUCACCGCGUUCGGCACGUCCUCGAGCUCGGCGACCUUGCCGAUCGCCAUCAGCUGCCUCGAGGGGCCCAACGGCAUCGAUUCGCGCGUCAGCAGAUUCGUCAUGCCGAUCGGCGCUACCGUAAACAUGGACGGUACCGCUUUGUACGAGGCUAUAGCCGCUAUUUUUAUAGCCCAAGUGCGCAAAGUUAGUCUAUCCUUCGGCCAGUUGAUCGCGAUUAGUAUCACAGCAACUGCCGCCAGCAUCGGCGCGGCUGGAAUUCCCCAAGCCGGGUUGGUGACGAUGGUGAUGGUGCUGGACACGGUUCGCCUCCCGGCCAACGACGUCUUCUUAAUUAUCGCGGUCGACUGGCUGCUAGAUCGUUUUCGAACAACGGUGAACGUGAUCGGCGACUCGCUCGGCGCGGGAAUCGUCAAUCAUCUUAGCAGGAAUGAGCUCACGAUGCUUCCGCACCAUCCGCAGACGCAAAACGGAGCCGAUCGUCACGCGACCACGUCGAUAUGAGAGCGGUAAUCGCGUCUCCCCGACUGACGAUUACGAUGUUGCUUCGCGAUCGGAAGAUCGACACACCUCGCGCGGCUGAUCGCCCGCCGAGAGUCCGCUUUCGAGAAUAUUCAUACGACGCGAACAAGUUGAAAUUCACGGAACAACGUUAAUCCCAGUUCCCGCGACUGUACAGGGAACCAGAUGAAAACUCGCUGACAAGAAAUGAUAUCUGUGUGUGUUAUCGCGACUGGGAACAUCCGUGUGGACAUUCGGCCGCAUUAAAAUUCGGGACUGUCUGGAUAGAAAAAGGAACCUCCUGCAACCGUGAAUUUCAUCUGCUUCUCAGGCAAACUCCACCAACGGCAGCUACACCAACGGAAUUGUUUUUAUUCUUUUAUUACUUUUGUAUUAUUAGGCGGAUAUUACUUUUUCGCUACAUCUGACAUGCAGUUUUCGCUACGUCUGAUUUGUAAUUUUCGCGUGUUUAGUUUGUAAUUUCUUUCAUUUCGAGCGAUACAGUCGUGAUAUACGUGCGCAUAUUCUCGUUCGCGUAAAGCUGGGUGUACAGUAAACAAACGAAUGAGGAAUAAACGGCUAAUGCAAAUAUUUGUUGUUAUACCGAAAGAAAAAAAGUGCUACAUUCAAAAUGAAAUAUUUGUCAAGGAGCAUUGGAGUGAUUAUUUUACUUCGAUUAAGUAAAUAUUACUUGAAUAUAGCACACUGAAAGAAAAAAAUGCUACAUUCAAGUAAAAAAUAAUUACUUCAAUACUCCUUAGAAUAUAUUUACUAGAAUGUAGCCUUCUUUCCUUCGUUGUUGCAAUUUGGAAAAUGUGUACGCCAUGAGGAACAAAACGUUUCGUUAGCCGAUUUGCUCAUGCAGAUGGUUUAUCAAAGUAAGUUCGUGUGCGUUUGCACGCGAAUAUACACAUUCAUAUUACACAUUCGCUGUACGUUCGUUGUUUAUUCAGUGUACAUCCACUUUAACAUAACGACGGUCGACGAUCGCGAGGUACGAAGUACCAAGUCCUGUGACGAAGUGUUCUUGCGUACUCAGUAAGUGUUCCGUUUUUACCUUAGUCAAGUAACUCGGUUUUAGUAUUAAUUAUCCCGUACAAAAGGAAAAGCAGACGACAAACGAAGGGAACAAAUAAACUGCACCACCGUCUCUCAACGCCAUUGUUAUGCAAACGCACACACGCGGAAUGCGAGGGGCGCGCAAUCUUCUCCAAUUGUCUCUACGCAUGUACUGUAAGGAGGAUUAUUUUGGUAGUCACUUAACUGACAUCCAUUCCGCGAUUACGUAAUAAUAGGGCAAUCAGAUAUCAAGCAUACAGCGCGCUUGCAGUGCGAGCGACUGUAGCGUCCUUCAAAUAACUCCGACGCGAUGAAAAGUGUGUUUGAAACUAAAUAAUUUGUAGCCUUAGUACUCAUAGAUCCCAUUAAACGAUCUUGCUUGUCAAAUGUAUAAGUAUAUAUAUCUGUAUAUAUAUAUAUACAGAUUAUAUAUAUAUAUAUAUAUAUAAAUAAUGUAUACAUCUGUCUUCCAUUCUUGCGCUUAAUGAGAAUUACGCUUGAUGUCCAACAUGUGUGUGUCGCACGUGUUACACUUCAUUCGAGCCGCGAAAUUUGAAGUCCGGUAUUUCUCCGAGUGUGCAUUAAAAAAUUGCGAGGCUCGUAAGAAAUUUCGACGGGAGAGGGGAGGGGAAGGGGACGAAGUAUUCUAGCGGUGUUUUCAAAAACCGAUUUUAUCAUUAUUUGACACGACGAAAGGUCAAGAGAAGAAGGGGUGGGAUCCCCGUUAUUACUUUUCUACACAGGAAAGUAGAAACGAGCAUGCGUAAUUCUACUCGCGCGCUAUUCCGUAGCGAUUGGGAAACGUCGCAGUUUAGUGCCAUAGAACGUUACUGUCGCAAGUUAUCAAAGUAAUGCUCGAUACCGAACGGAAAACGCAGACUUAACUCAUUUUUGUCAGUGCGUGCAAUUAAAAACGAUCGUCAAACGAAAGCAGUCAAGCGUCACAUCGUACCGACGGAUGUAUUCCUCUGGCAUCGGGAAAAUUGCCGAACGAGAUAUUUUUUUUUUUUAUCGAGAACAUCCACAUCCUGUCUUCUGUUUGCAAGAAUUGUCGCGUACGAUUCCGAUGUCAUUGACGACAAUCAACCACGGUACUUAACCCUUAAGUAUGAAGCAACACUGAUCAUCUUUCGUCCCUUCGUAAAGUUUUUAAUAGACAAAACUGUACAGCUUUCUACAUUUUAUAUAAUCUUUUCACAAUACGAAAGGAAGGUCCAAUCAGUCAGAACGUAUAAAACCAGAACGGCAAACUCUCUAGAAAAUGCACAUUCAAAGGCUGACGAAGAAAGAUAAAAUCCGUACUUAAGGGUUCAAAUACCUUUCUAGCAGCAGAAAAGAAGAAACAACUUAACUGUGAAGCUAUCAUACGCGUAACAUGUAAAAGAAUGAUGUGGAGAAAAUAACAAAAAGAUUAAUAAACAAACUGCCUGACUUUAUCGUGAAAACUGUGUCUGUCGCAAGAUCCUUUUGUUAUUUUUUACGCAGAAUUUUUCUUAGGUUUUUUUUUAUAAAGGAAAAAAAAGUGUCCUGGUAAACGUGUCAUUGCUGUUUCUUGGUCGCGAUUAUCCAGUAUGAUUAACAUGUUUGUAUGAACGUACGUAUACGCGUGCGUUUACACCUCAGCGGUGCGUAGAUAGAAGCAUCCAGGUAUGCCGAUAAAACGUGAAACUGAAAAGGAAGCCUCGUCUGUCGCCGUACGCGCCGAUAUAAGUGCGAUAUUUGGCAAUCGUUUCGCUUGUCACGUGAAUCUGUCCGCGUAAUUCGGAAUUGCGUGUAUCUGUAUAUCGAAUAUAAUGAAUAUACAAAUUAAUAUAUCUAUA